CGCCCAUUUCUACUCUCUUCUGAUUUCUGAACAAAGGCCUAUCCCCCCGUCAUCGCCAUUUCUCUCAACUAUUCCAUUUCUUGAUUUUAAUUCCUUUUUUCUUUUGACGUCUAAAAACGAAACCCCACCAAACCCAUUCCUUCAUCUUGUUCAAAACUCUGUUCCUUUGGUUCUACUCCACCGCAGACCAGAAACCGAAAGCUCCUCUCCAACUACAAUCGUUGGGUAUUGAUUUUCUGGUAGAGAGAUAUUAAAUGAGAUGGUGGAAUCUAAAGUAUUCCCCAGACGGAAGGGGUUUUAUGUUAGAAUGAGGCUCUUUCCUCACAAAAAUUGCAGAGCUCAAGAAAAAAGCUUUUUCAUUAGAUAUUACAAAUGGCUUCUUUGGGUUUCUCUUUCCCUUUAUUUUUUUACUUCUUAUUACAUCAGUCAUAACCAUAAAUCCCAUGGGACCAGUGAUCGAAUGCCCAGAACCCACCUUUCAAAUUCCAAAUCCUUCCCUUCCCGAGCUUUAAUCGAGACUUCGAAUACCACAUUCCUCCGCCAAGUUCAACAAAAUCAAGGAUUGUUGGAAGAGGUUAAGGUUUUCGUUUACGAUUUGCCGCCGAAAUACAACGUGGAGUGGCUUUCAAAUGAACGGUGUUCGAACCACUUGUUUGCUUCGGAGGUGGCCAUUCAUAGAGCUCUGUUGAACAGCGAUUACAGAACAUUUGAUCCACUUGAAGCCGAUUUCUUCUUCGUCCCUGUUUAUGUUUCUUGCAACUUCAGCACUGUCAAUGGCUUCCCGGCCAUUGGCCAUGCUCGUUCCCUCAUUUCCUCCGCCGUUUCUCACAUUUCCUCUCAUUAUUCUUUUUGGAAUCGCACCAAUGGCUCCGACCAUGUUUUUGUUGCUUCUCAUGAUUUUGCCUCUUGCUUCCACACCAUGGAGCAUGUAGCCAUAGCUGAUGGAGUACCAUCAUUCUUGAAGAACUCGAUUAUAUUACAAACAUUUGGAGUGAAAUACAAACACCCAUGUCAAGAUGUUGAACACGUCGUCAUUCCGCCGUACAUUUCGCCGGAAUCUAUAGAGAACACUCUCGAAAGGUCACCGGUGACUGGCCGGAGAGACAUUUUCGCGUUCUUCAGAGGGAAAAUGGAGAUGAACCCCAAAAAUGUCAGCGGAAGAUUUUACAGCAAGAAGGUGCGGACAAUGAUCUGGCGAAAAUUCAACGGCGACCGGAGAUUUUACCUACAGAGGCACAGGUUUCCCGGUUACCAGUCAGAAAUCGUACGGUCAGUUUUUUGUUUAUGCCCAUUGGGGUGGGCUCCAUGGAGCCCAAGACUUGUUGAGUCCGUGGCAUUGGGCUGCGUGCCGGUAAUAAUAGCCGAUGGUAUCCGUUUACCAUUUCCUUCCGCCGUGAACUGGCCAGAGAUAUCAAUAACCGUGGCGGAAAAGGAUAUCGGAAAAUUAGGGAGGAUUCUCGACCACGUGGCAGCUUCCAACCUUACAACUAUCCAAAAGAACUUGUGGGACCCGAGGAAUCGACGGGCCCUACUGUUUCACAAUCAGGUAGAAGAUGGCGACGCCACGUGGCAGGUGAUUGGUGCCCUGUCGGAGAAGUUGGAUAGGUCAUAUAGGCGUUCGAGGGUUUUGAAGCAAUGAAAUUGCGCUACGUAAGCCGGUAGUGGGACCCAGUUGCGCACUAAAGGAAGGGUGUGUGUGUUCCUACGUGGAUGUGGAAUACAGCUGGAUUUUGCAUGAAACUGGGCGUUGAGUGAAGAAUAGUUUUUAUAUCACAGCGUGGGCCCCGAAUACAGCUGGUCAAGUAUCCCAUCCGGGAUUUGAAUACAAAUGAGGUGGCAGCGGAGGAUUGGACACAAUAAUCAAGCAAAUAUAAUAACAAAAGUGGAUACAUGUGAAUGAGGAUUCUUUUUUCGCCCAUGAAAUAACUAUAAAUUUAAUGAGAGCCCAAUAAAACAACCUUGGCUGUCGCUUUGUAAAUUUUCGAAUAAUGCAAACAAAUAAAUAAUUCAUCAAGGGAUUUUCCUUUUUCUUUUC